GCAAUUUCAUGCCACCAACUCUCGUCUCUUGUUCAGUAACAAAGUGUUGCUCUUCUUAUUCUGGAAGAAGCCGCAUCUUGCGCCUUGUAUACUUGGAUAUUUGGUGUACUAUGAAUUUCUCUCGAGUAUUUUAGGUUAUGCAUUAAAGCUUCAUAAUCAAAAAUAAAGACUUGUUCCCAAGAUCCUUAAUUGUGAAAUCAUGGAAGAUACUUCAAGUGCUUCAUCUGAUAGUGACAAUGCCUUGCUAUCACCCAACAGCCAUCCGCGAGUUGGGUGUACCGUGGGCACCCAAACGCCUGAGAUGCCCAGACACGAGAUAAAUCUUAAUCGUGCAGCUGAGGCCAAUGCCGCAGUUCAGAACCUCAACUCUUCCAUCGUUGUCUACAAACUAGAUACCCAAAAGCCUAUGUCUGAACUUGAACAAGAUGCAAAGACUUUGGCCAUUCCAGAUGUUGUAGUAGAAUACAUCAAAGAUUCUUGCUCUAGACAGGAGGAUGGACUUGGUGCCACAAACCCAGCCUUUGAACCUCAGGAAUUGAUAGUUGUCAGAACGCCAUCUUCUAUUAGCUUGAGGGACGAUGUCACUAGAUGUGAAAAUGGAAUGGCUUUGUCGGCCAUGUCUGGGCGUGGAACUGGAGCAGGUGGCAAAGACCAGAUCGAUAUGUCGUCCAUGAUGCUCAAUGUAUUAGAUCCGUCCCUGCGAGCGUCCCAGACGUCCCUUAGAUGUCCGUCCCCAACUUUUGGCUACAGGCCUUUGGAGAGCGAGACAUCGGCUGUCUACACUAUCAUAUCGCCCGUGAAGUAUGUUGCAAAUGAGAAAGAAUUGGAGAUGAGGUUGAUGGCGCAGUUGCAGGCUCAGAUGGAAAAGGAAAAAGCGACCGCUCGAAAAUUCGAGUUUUGUUCUGCCCCUCCUGAAGUAGAUCGCAAGAGACAACGCCUCCAAUGCCUAACGGACGUCGGCUCCAUCCUCUUCUUGAUUCCGGGCAUCCUGAUCGCCUUGCUGACCCCCCUUUCCAUCAUCCCUAUGUUUAUCCUACCUCUCAAGUACUUCAUCCCCCUCAUCGCAGUUUUCAUAGCGUGCGGCAUCGUCUCUGUCUUGUCCCUGGCAGUGUCCGGCUUCCUCGGCAACGUCGUCUGGCACUACGAUGGCGAAAAGAAGAAACUGAGACCCAAGCUACACUGCGGAACGGGACCUUUGAGGCAUUUCUGGGGGAAUGGGUUCUAUCCUGGGUAUCAAAUAGUGUUAGAGCCGGAGAAGGUGGUGUGAAUCCGAAUCACGUCACGUGCAUUCAGGAGUGCACUGACAAAUACAAGGGAAAGCAAACUGUUUUCAUCUGUGGCAACCUUAGAAAAAUUCGAACAACAGGAUGUAUGAAAUGAUUGGAAGACGAUGUGAUAUUUUUGUGUGAUGAGCUUUGGAGUGAUUAUUUCUGAAAAUUGAUGUUUAAAUUAUUGUGAAAGCAAGAAUGUUUUCCAUGUUUAUUUAAUGAAUAUCGAUCGGUGAUUUGUGUUGUCUAAUAUUUACAUCAACUGAAUAUUUAUAUUGCAUAAUAAAUAAAGUAUUAUUCAUUUUUUA